UUUCAACGAUGACAAGGCUCCAUCUGUCGCUGUUAGCUUUGUUGUCGAUCUGCAACGAUGCAGAGCUAUACCAUUACCAUCGGUACAUGCUGAGCGAAUAUAAGCCACAGCAUAGCCAUGCCUUACAAAGUGACUAUAAGCCGAUGCCGCGUCCUAUCUAUUCGGACGAGGAAUAUCUUACUGCACCUGAAGAUGUCGAGUUGAACGUUGAAGACGGAAAGACAACAAUCGUACAGCAGCUAAUGGUGCGCAUCUUUGCAAACGAUAAGUACAUUUGCAUGGGAAUGCUUGUGGACGCCGAUGUUGUGAUAUCUACUUACGCUUGCAUACAGAGCGCGCAAUCAGCUAAAUUUACGAUACAAACUAUCAAAAAUAAGGUCUUUAAAUUAAGAGAAACGGUAACCAGGUUGAGUAAUAGCCCGUUGGUAGUCGAACUCCACCUUGCACAGCCCCCGAUAGACAGUAUGUUCAGGCCCCAGCUCUGCCCCAACAAGCUGAACGCUGGCGUACAGGUGCUGCUGUCCAUAUAUAGGCACAAUAGCGUGCUCAGCGAAUUGGCUAAUGUGGUGCCUCUAAAAGAUUGCCGCGCUCUGCUUAACGAUACUUUCAACCAGUACACCGACGGACAGUUAAUUUGUAUUAAAAAUGAGAGAAAAUCGGCCGCUUGUCAGAAAAACUAUGGCGCCCCACUUAUUUACAAAAAUAAUUUAUGUGGCAUCAACUUAUUGGGCCAUAGGUGCCUCAGGGAUGGGAAACUGGAUCUGUAUGCCUUCGUUCUAAAUGAAACAGCUUACACACAGAAAGCUUUAUCAAGCGUCCACUCCUUAAAUAUUGAAGAUGUCAUUUUGUGAGCUGGUGGUAAUCAAAUUACAUUUGAAGAUCCUUUCGGAUCACAUAGGUCACAUAGAUCACCUUUUGUAUACCCUUGCCUAUUCGUAAUAAAAGUACAUUAAAUUAGA